AGGUUUUUGUUUGACUUUGACAUUAGGGGAAAUACGCUAUCGCGGUUUCGUAAUUCGUAACUUUUGUUAUGAAAAAUCCAAUAAAAAUCAUGAAAUCUCAUUAAUUUUCUGCAUCUGCAAUGGUUAUUUAGUAUUAAAGAUAUUUUUAAUACUUUAGCACAGUAAAUAGAGUGACUUAGUGUGGUAAAUAGUGACCUUUGUUGACCCGUAUCAAGAAGUGAUUUUAUUUAUAAUGUUUAUUAAAAAUCGAGUUAUUCUUUCAAAACUAAGGGUAAGAGGAAGAUAUUACUACAGAUUAUUCUCAACAAAGACCAGUGUGGGUGAAGUGGAAGUUUCUUUUACAAACGGGAUCACACCGUUGAAGUUAUCCACGGGUCGAUAUGCAAGGUUCGCUGAUGGAGCAUGUGUUGCUUCUCUGGGCAACACAAGUGUGUUGGCGACCGUAGUAUCAAAGGCGAAGCAAAGUCCAAGUUCGUUCCUGCCGCUGGUAGUGGACUACAGACAGAAAGCAGCCGCUGCUGGACGUAUACCUACUAACUUCUUGAGGAGGGAAUUAGGUCCAACAGAACGCGAGAUCCUGACCUCCCGUCUGAUAGACCGGUCCCUCCGCCCUCUAUUCCCGGAGGGCUACAAGUACGACACGCAGGUGGUAUGCAACAUGCUCGCGGUGGACUCAAGUAACCCUCCGGAGACAGUGGCUAUCAAUGCUGCCAGUGCCGCGCUUGCGCUCUCUGAUGUACCUUGGAAUGGACCAGUUGGAGCUGUCAGGCUAGGCCAAAUCGACAACGAAGUGAUAGUGAACCCGACCCGCAAGGACCUGGAACAGUCGACGCUCAACCUGGUUGUCACGGCAACUAGAAGCAACCUCGUCGUGAUGCUGGAGGGCAGUGCUGCUGAUAUCCUGCAGCAGGAUCUGCUGAAGGCCAUCAAAUUAGGUACGAAAGAAGCCCAACACAUAGUCCGGGGUAUCGAGAAGCUACAGAAGGAUCACGGCAAAUUGAAGAGGGAAUAUGAGACGACGCCGCCCCUGGACCAAACCAUCGUAGACACUAUCAAAACUCUUUCCAGUAUGAAGAUUAGGGAGAUUCUCAGUGACCACUCGCACGACAAACUGUCUCGCGACAACGCCAUCUCAGACCUUAGACAGACGGUCCUCAACCAGCUGCGAGACACGGAGGUGGACGUCAACAUCUUACAGGACGCUUUUAACACCAACCUGAAGCAGAUAUUCCGGGAUAUGAUCUUCGAGACUGACUUGCGAUGCGAUGGCCGGCAUCUGGAUGACCUCAGGGAUAUUAGUUGUCAGGUAUCCCUGUACGAGCCACUUCACGGCAGCGCGUUGUUCCAGCGUGGGCAGACGCAGGUGCUGUGUACGGUGGCUUUCGACUCCCCCGACAGCGCGCUCAAGAUGGAUACACUUACCAUGCUCACCAGUGGCAUAAAAGAAAAGAGCUUCUUUCUCCACUACGAGUUUCCGUCAUACGCGACGGGCGAAGUGGGGAAGGGCGGAGCCCCGGGGCGGCGCGAGGCGGGCCACGGCGCGCUGGCGGAGCGCGGGCUGCUGCCCGUGGUGCCGCAGCAGCCCUACGCCGUGCGGCUGACGGCCGAGGUGCUCGAGUCUAACGGGUCGAGCUCUAUGGCGUCAGUGUGCGGCGGGUCGCUGGCGCUGCUGGACGCGGGCGUGCCGCUGGCGGCGGCGGCGGGCGGCGUGGCCGUGGGGCUGGUGUCGCGGCCCGACGGCCACGGCGGCCUGGACGACUACAGGAUCCUCACUGAUUUGUUAGGCAUAGAAGACUACAUGGGAGACAUGGACUUCAAGAUAGCGGGCUCAAAGAAGGGCAUCACAGCGCUCCAAGCCGACAUCAAGAUCAGCGGUCUACCGCUCAAGGUGGUGAUGGAAGCCGUGCAGAAGGGCUGCGACGCUAAGAGUCGGAUCAUUGAUAUUAUGAACCAGUGUAUUGAUAAACCUAGACAAGGAAGAAAAGAAAAUAUGCCAGUGAUAGAAGAAUUAGAAGUGGAAGCCCACAAGAGAGCGAAGCUGCUCGGUCUUGGAGGCAUCAACCUGAAGAAAUUAUACGUGGAAAAUGGGGUGCAGGUAACCCCAAUAGACGAAACGAAGUACACCGUCUUCGCGCCGUCGCAAGCGGCGAUGGAGGAGGCUCGCGCGCGGAUAGCGGGCUGGCUGGCAGCUGAGAGGACCCCCGAGCUGGAGUUCGGAGCCAUCUACAAGGCCAAGGUGGUGGAGGUGAAGGAUAUUGGGGUGCUGGUCACCUUGUAUCCUGGGAUGUCGCCCGCGCUCGUGCAUAACUCGCAGUUGGACCAUCGAAAGAUAAUGCAUCCGUCAGUGCUAGGCCUGGACGUCGGGUCCGAGAUCCAGGUUAAGUACUUCGGCCGCGACCCUGUCUCGGGGCAGACACGGCUGUCUCGCAAGGUGCUCACGUCGCCACCACCCGGGGUGGUCAGGAAACUUGACAAGAGCUAGUGUGGUGGACUAAAGUGGUGUCUGGUGGACUAAAGUAAAUAAAAAAAAAAAAAUACUUACCAAAGUGCAUACAAAGACAGUGAAGUUGAUAACAAUUGUAAAUACAUAACGGUACAGUGAUAUUUUAACCGACUUCGAAAAAGAAGUGAGUGGUUAAUGUGGGUAGAAAACCAGUGGACAGCAAAGAAGUGAUGUGAAGUGUAGUGAUGUGAUGUAUAUAAGCUCACGAGUAUAUCCCAAUCGGGGUAGUCAGAGGUACAAAAAUACUAAGUACCCACACCUCUUCGAGCUUUCUGUUAGACCAAUGUGAUAGGUGAGCCGUAUCACCGUCUUUAAAGGUCGAGCCAACUGUGUUAGCGAGAGCUGCACUUAUUUUAUUUAUAUAAAUAACUCAUUGGUGCAAGUCUGGUACCGGGUUUCGAACCCGCGCUCCUAAUGUAAGAAGCAAACCUGUGUACCACAGGACCAGUGCCUUUUUUUUAAAUUGUGAACUUAACUUAAUUUUUCUUUAAAUUGAUAUGAAGGACCUUUAUACUAGUCGUCACGAAAUUAGUGGUUUAGACCCCGAGCCAAGAUUCGAAGCUGUGACAUUGCAAAUUGUAUUGUUUUUUUUUUAAAUUAAGAUGGGUUCGCUCUUGCCUUCAUUCUUCAACGAGGAGAAGAGAUCGACGGUGGAACGAGCUUACCCAGAAAGGCACUAGCACUCUCACACACGCGACGGAACGCAGCAAGCUACUUGGCGCUGGACUUUAAUGAGAGGGUGGUCGCAAGCCAGGCGGUCCCUUACGGGCCCUACCACUCUGCAGGGGGAUCAUGCAGCCGUCAUCACUGACUGGGGAGUCAGGUGAUGCCGUUGCCCAGGGUGGACCACUAGGAGGUAGAUCCCCUUCCACCCUUCUGUUUAAUAAAUCGAUGAUAAAAUAAUUCUCAAAUUAUCAUAUUUAUUCUAGGACUUCUUAUCAACAGUGGCUAUUAGUUGUCUUUGUUUACUUGUGGCUCUGCCCACCCCAUUACGGUUUACGGGCGUAGUAAUGUAUGUAUCUCAAAUUAUCCGUUUUUCAAAGAAUAAACUGAGAAGUGAGAACUUAUUAAAAAUAUUUUGAUUGGAAUUAAGAUAUUGCAUAUGUCCGAUUUGAUAAUCUGUAUAAAGUGAUAUAAAAUUGUAUUGAAAUUUUAAAGAUACUGCCAAAAAUUUUGUAAAUAGGUAGAAGUAAUUAUAUUAAUAAAUUCUUUAAGUACA